UCUUCACAAGACGACAUUGACCGUACGUGUUUCUCAAGCCUACCUACCUACCCUCGCUGCUCGUGUAUCCCUUCCUUACCUUGAGUUGUCUAGCACCUCCCAUCCAACUACGUAUCGCCUCUCGCUUCAGUGACAUACACACACAUACAAACAUAUACACAAACACACAUAAACACAUACGCCCACAUAAUCUCGCACUCACAUAGUCGGAUCUAAGUCUUUCCGCCACAUCUCGCAUUAUUCCAAUCAACAGCAGGACAUCUGUCUUCUAUGCACCCGAUAUCCGUGAACCCCCUGUGUUUGCGCCAACUACGGCCUCUUUGUUUCUUUACUAUACUCAACUGGGUAUUUGCUCUACGCAUUUACGUUUCAUAUGUUACAAUCCGCCUCUCUCCAUCAGUGCUCUGUUUAGUGGUUCCUCCCAUUCGACUCCAACAAAAUAUAGCUUCACUAUCGUACCGCCCGAGAGAACCAGCCAAGAACGAGCGAGCCGUAGCGGCAAUCUACCAGCGACAAUACAUUACACAAGCAACGCCUAGUCUACACUCCCACAACAAACACAUCCGCAUCAUCACCCACCACCCGUUGUCUCGUAAGAAUAAACUCUUCCCUACGCACCCAGCGCUCAUUCUUAGUCACGCCCAGUAGACUUGAGCGUCCCUGAAAGCAAAAAAGGAGGAAGAGACCACAACCCAGCCGUAAGAAUCGCAGCUUACCUUAGUUUCCCUAUUA